AUGGUCCUUGUUCGCGCCGAGGAACCAGCUCUCUUGGCGGGAAACCUGCUGGAUGUGGUGUCGAGAGUCCGCCAUAACCUCCAGCCCGAUGCUUUGCGCGACCUCGCGACGACAAUCUCGCGAAUAUUUUCCCUCCUCCAGAACGAGCUGAACGACCACGCCCCUAUCCACACCCUCCCUCCGGAACUCCUGAGCACGAUAUUCUGGUUCACACUCGACGACUUGGAACCGCACACACCUAAUAUCAGUGUCAAAAGUGAAACCUCGCGUGCCCAAGAUGUGCACCUCCGCGCCCGCCUCACCCUCACCUCCGUCUGCCAACGGUGGCGCAUCGUCGCCCGCUCCACCGCAUCCCUCUGGACCGUCCUCUCCCUCCCCUCUCCCUCCGCCCAUGUCUUCGGGACGCUCUCCCAGGAAAUGCCGCUUCAACUUCUAGCGCGCGUUUCCUCUGAUCGCGUGUCCGGUCACCUUACCGAGUCAGUCGCAGGUCGCGUGCGUCACCUCGCGCUCUCCAUCCCUCCCUCCCUACGAGCGACGGUCCCCGAGCACGGAGCGCCUUUGUUCUCGUUCAAGAUCCCCCACCUCGAGUCGCUCUCCGUCUCCACGGCGUGCCGCCCAUUCGACGAGAACCGCCCGGCGCUCGAUUUCUCACGCCCAAUGGUUGGGCUAUUCCCCUCCUUGUUCCACAAAGAAAGCGACGGCGUCCCCCGAACACUAAUCCAGGACGACAGCCCUUACGAGACGGACGGGGCGCCGCAGCACCUCCGCCGCCUCGCGCUCAGCAACACCUGCUGGGCCCCCGCGGUCCCCGUCGCGCACCUCACCCACUUCCGCCUCGCGCGCGGCCCGCCGACGCCCCUCGCCCCCCUCCUCUCCUUCCUCGCGCAGUGCACCGCCCUCACCCACUUCGGCGUCGAGGACGUGUACAUCGCCUACGCCCAGGCGGUCCCCGAAGACGCGCGCUUCCCGCUCAAGCGCCUGCGUGUGCUCGACCUCGCCGUCGGGCAACCGAUGCUCCAAAUGCGGCGACUCGUCCAGCACCUCGUGCUCCCGAAGGCCGGCGACGACAUGGACGGGAACAUGGACGUGCGCAUCCGGGGCGCGUACGCGCUCCGGGCGCUCCGCGGGCUCACGACGCGCAAGGCGUUGACCCGUGCGUUCACGAGCGACGCGACGCGCGUGGAAGUCGAGGUGCGCGGGGAACGCCUGCGCGUGUGCGCGGGCGGCGGCCGGACGAAGCUCGUGCUCGCGUUGGAUGAGGUGCGCGCGGCGGACGUCGCCGCCGCCGCGACGGUCGUGGGGGAUAUGGUGGACAUGGAGCAGGUGACGGACGUCCGCCUCAGCGGGGGGAGGGAGUGCGAGGUCGUGUGGGGGACGCUUGCGGUGUCGCGUGCGGCGCCAGGGGCGAUGCGCGUGCACUGCGGGGGUGUGGAGACGGAACGCGGCGUCGAGGGGCUCUCGCGCAUAGAUGAGUUUGCGCCUUCAUGCGCUGCGCUUAAUACGGCAUGCUUCAUGCGUUUGGCGAGGUUGCCAUUUGGUUCCUCCCCUGCAGGGGGUGAAAGAGCGAUGCGAACUCCAGGGCGCUAG